CUCCACAUUCUGCGCGCAGCCUCUAGUGUAGACUACCGACCUCCGACUUCACGAGGCUAUACAAGCCCGAUACGGGAAUCGGCCUGCACUUUACAGACCCUCGAACAUACCAUAAGUUCUCCCAGUCCGCUACUUUACAGUCCCUACAGCAAUCUCCGGAUCUACGGACAGCACUGGGCAGCUCUACUCGACUCCAUUUAGCAACACAUCACAACAAACAAUGGACGCAGACAGACGGCUUGUCAAGGCUCUCGAGGCCGCCAACGAUGCUCUUCAACAUCUUUCCAUGUCGCCGGACUUCGGAUGCCUGGACUGCACACACAUCGACCGUCUACUUGCUAGGGUAGUGGACCUACCAACAGAGGGGAACCAGAGGAACAGCAGGCGCAACCUUUUGGUUAUACGGCAAUGGAUGAUCACAGAGGGACCUGGUGUCGUACUGCUGGAGGUGCUAGGACAGCUGUACUGGCGCUUGGGCGAGCUCAACGCGAAGCAGUUUGAGAAGUUCAAGACUACACUACAGGCACAGCAAUCCUACCUUGCACUCAUCCAGGAUACUGGAGCAGUCACACUAGUGAUCCAGCGGAUCCGUCAUAUUCAAAGGUCCAAGGCAGAUGCAUGUCAGGACUUCUUGUGCGAGCUUUCAGACCUCACAGGUGCGAAGGUCGAUUCACCAAUGGCAGAUAUGGAUGUGAUGCGCGCCAGAUCGAGCAGCCCUUUCUCGCCUGGACACUCUUCACACUCGUCACACCACUCCGUCAUUUCUUUCGAUAGCUCUGCCUCUCAAGAGGAAGCAUUCACAAGCCUGGUCAAGUAUGUCCCUGAUGGCAGACACUUCGGUGGAGAUAUGGAACAGCUUCUCUUCGACUUCUUCAUCAACGGGAUCUGCCCCGGUCGCACUCCCGCGACUCAGACCAACACCUACCUCUCCCUUUUCCAAACCGCCAACAUUUGCGAGAGUACCAAAUUCGCUCUCUUGAGCCUCAGCGCUUCUUACAUUCGUGAAUACCUUCACUCAGACAAAGAGCGCUAUCACCAGGCCGAGCUUUACUACUCCGGCCAGGCAUUUCAGGCCCUUGGCCAGCAGAUCAGCAAUGGCGAGGACUAUGACGCCGCUCUCUCCACAGCCAUGCUGCUUAUGCAUCACGGUGCCAUCAACGACUCAGACGAAGCGAGUCUGUGCUGGUCUGUCCACGCCAACAUUUUCGACAUCAUCCCAUCAGAGUUCAUCGACCACGCAUCAGAGCCAGCCCUCUACAUGCGCACCCAGCUCGUGCUUGCACGCACCGGUCAAACGGCAUACACGCUUGAGAGCGCCCCCUUGCCGCAGUCCCUGCAGGCCAACAACUGGCUCGAUGGAAUGCAGAACGGAGAUGCGCAGAAGAUCUGCAGCAUCUUGGGCAUGUCCCCCCAACUCGUCUUCUUCAUAUCUUCGAUCAAUUCGCUUGCGACCGAGAACGCACAGAAUAAGCACAUGUACGCGCAGGUACUCGAAACACAAAUACAGAACCUCACGCAGUGGACGCCGGAGCCUCAAGGCGAUGGACGCGACAUCAUCCUCGCUACUGCGGAGUCUUUCAGACUCGCCGCACUUAUCUACUUGCGGUGUCGUUUGUAUGGUCUGACUCGCUUCAACCCCGCCAUCAUGGAACUCAACGACGCGCUGACCGCCGUUAUACUCUCUCUCCCUGUCAAGGGACAUCUCUACACUGCGAUUUACCCUGUUUGGCCUGUCUUCAUCGCCGCCGUCACGGCAAACUCCGACAAGCGUGACUGCCUCUACCAGCGCGUAGUGCCAAUCCGCGAGGGCGACAAGAACACACUCCCCGCUGUCCUCAAGCGCGUCUCGGGCAUGCGCAUCUGGUUCGCAAAGCAGGACCCUACCGCGCUGCUUCGCGAUGGCUGGUGGGACGAGAUGCUCCUCCCGAGCAGCAGCACCACCGCCGUGUCGGCCAACCGCCUCCUGUGCCUCGGCUAAAGAUUCUUCACUUCACUUCGUUUUCCAUUCUUCUUCACUUCUCUGUCAAUACUUUU